AUGGAUCCAAUCGCAAAGCCACCUCUUGACUUCGUCACAAUCAAGACAACACUUCCCGUCUAUCCUCUUCCUCCUAAUAGCGAGCGAAAGCCAUGGCAGACAGAACGUCUAACAAUGAGGCCCAUGACACAGGACGACUUUGUCCAUGUCCGGGCUGUUCGAACAGAACCUGACGGCAUGAUCUGGGCGACACAAGGCCGUCCUGAUAUAGAGAUGGAAGAGACACAAAAGAGCCUCGAUCGUCGACUACCUCCAAACGAUAUCAAAGGAUACGAUUGGCUCAUUACCCUCACCGAGACUGGCGAGUUCAUCGGGAUAGGAGGUUCCUGCGUGUGGUCAGCUGAACUUGGCUGGCCAGCUCUAGGAUAUCAAUUCCUCAAGACGCAUUGGGGCAAGGGAUAUGCUUCCGAGUUCGUCAAAGGCUAUCUCAACCAGUGGUGGUCGUUGCCAAGGACGGAGGUUGAGCUCUCUGUGGAUAAGAACUCCGUGCGAGGCGAUGGUGAAGUCAAAGACGAGUGCAUCACAGCCAUCACACUAAGUGACCACGUUGCAAGCCAAAAUGUCCUCAAGAAGUGUGGGAUGGAGUUUGCAUCAUCGUGGGAAGAGCCCGAUGCUCGGGGCAUCCUUGACGAAAUCACCCUGCAUGGAUUUUUCGCGCACAAGGCAAAGCUUCAAAUCAGUUACUUCAUCAAAUGGGAUAUCAUACGGUUUCAUCCAUUGACAGAAGACUCCAAUAUCAAAAUGCCUAUCGCAAUGCCCCUUCCAUCUCUUCUGGCUACGGCCACAGGCAUCACCGGUUCAGCUUGGGCUUCAGGCUUCAUCAUUUCUCUAUCCCUCGCCGGUGUCCCAGCCGCUCUUCAACUCCAAGCACCCUCCAGCGCAACUGUAUGGCAGGAACUCUUUAACCGCGGCUUCGCCCUUAUGCCCAAGUUCGCCAUAACAACAUCAGCAGCUUACCUAUACGCCAUAUAUGCAGCAAGGCAAGAAGGCCGCAGCUGGAAGGGCUUGGCGAUCGCUUCAGCCUUGACCGUCUCUAUUGUGCCAUUUACUAUCAUCUUCAUGGCUUCCACAAAUGACCUUUUGAUGAAGGCGGCUGCUGGCACGUUGGAAGCUUCACACGAAGAUGUGGCCAAGUUGAUUGGAAGAUGGGGAGUCUUGAAUUUGGUGCGAAGCUUGCUUCCUUUGGCUGGAGCCGUUGCUGGCUUCUCAACCUUGAUUGAGUCGCAAUGA